AUGCAUCCAUCCGCCCGGAGGAAAAAUCGUGCAAUGCUUGAAGUGCGUUCCAUGCGUUCCAUGGGCCUCCCCAGUCAACCCAAGAACAGGCUCAAGUGUUUCUUAGUUUUGAGCAAAGAGAUUUUCCAGUACUCGAAACAGGUCAAGGUGUGUAAAUCAGCGGCAAAUGUUGUACAAGCAAUGGAGGCCAUGACGCGGUUUAUGCUGUAUGGAUCGUCAAGAGCAGUCCGGCAUGAUCCACCUGCGGAGUAA